ACCGGUUCUCAGAUCCGCUCGGACCAAGACCCCGUUUUCCAUUUCUACCUGCAAAACCAAGACGGUGUGCCCGUUCUAGGUCCUGAAGACACCUCAGGCUACUUCGUCAUAGACGGCACCAUCGCUCUCAGCAGUACCACAGGCGACUCCCCUCUCUAUCUCAAUGUAGACGAAUCAGCUACGGCGUCGUACAAACCGUUGACGUUGAAUACGACUGCGACGACAACCGACUGGGGUUUGGAAGGCGAUACGAUCAUCACGACGGAUCCGAGACAGUUGAAUUUCUUGGUAUGCGCGACCAGUGACGCGAAUGUGUGGAGUGUCUAUUUGCAGGAGGGGAACGAUGUGCCGUCAGGAGAGACGUGCUCGAAUGAUAUUUCGCUACAUUUGCCGUGUUUGUGUUGA